AUGUCUUUAAGCUCUCACCCCAAAGCUUACGGCACCGCGGCAGUGGCCGUCGCCUUUGUCGUGGGCGUAUGCGUCACUCUGGGCUUCAAAGACUUUUAUCCGGAACUGGAGAGGCGAUACCAGCAGAGCAAACGACGCACGGCACGCAAGUCCUCGCGCAGGCUCAGCCUAGCUACCGAGGCCGAUACGGCCAGGCGGCGGUCAAGCUUCUUCUGGGGCCCUGUGGAGCUGGAGGACCAUGACGACAAGGCCGACGCCACUCCGCCGCAUCUGCUCCCGCCCACCGCCGGCCCCGUCGUGGGCAUCGAGGGCUGCAUAGGUAAUACGCCGCUGGUGGAGAUCAAGUCGCUCUCGGACGCCACGGGACGUACCAUCAUGGCCAAGGCCGAGUUCCUCAAUGGCGCCGGCAACAGCCCCAAGGACCGGGUGGCCCUGUCCAUGAUCCAGGCAGGCGAGGCCGCAGGCCUGCUGGUUCCGGGCCGUGGCGAUACUAUUUAUGAGGGCACCGUGGGCAGCACAGGCAUCUCGCUGGCGGCGCUAGCCCGGGCCAAGGGCUACAAGGCGCACAUUUGCAUGCCCGACGACCAAGCCAAGGAGAAAUCAGAUCUGUUGCACCACCUCGGCGCCACCGUGGAGCGCGUCCGCGUCGCCCCCAUCACCUCGCCGGACCACUUUGUCAACCUUGCCCGUCGCCGCGCCAAGGAGCAUACCGCAGACCGGAGGGUCGAGAGCAACGGCUUCUUUGCGGACCAGUUUGAGAGUGGGGCCAACUGGCUUGCGCACUUCAAUACUACGGGACCUGAGAUCUACUACCAGACUGGUGGUGAGAUCUCGGCCUUUGUUGCUGGUGCAGGCACGGGUGGGACCAUUUCGGGCGUGACCAAGUACUUGAAGGAGGAAGCCAAGUUGGAUGAUCUUAAAAUUGUACUGGCAGAUCCCCAGGGCAGCGGGCUUUACAACAAGGUAAAGUACGGAGUCAUGUACUCGGCAACGGAAAAGGAAGGUACUCGACGGCGGCAACAAGUCGACACCAUUGUGGAGGGCAUCGGUAUCAACAGAAUCACAAACAACUUCAAUGCGGGCCGAGAUUACAUUACAGAUGCCGUAAAGGUAUCUGAUGAGCAGGCAUGCAAGAUGGCGCGGUGGUUAGUAGAGCACGACGGAAUCUUUGUGGGCAGUAGUAGCUCGGUGAACUGCGUCGCCGCCGUGGCCGCCGCCAUGAAGCUACCCGAAGGGAGCCGAGUAGUGACCGUACUUUGCGAUUCGGGCACAAGACAUUUGAGCAAGUUCUGGAAAAAGGUCGGAGAAUCGGGAUUAGAAGAGCAAGAGGACACAGACGAUCUGUUCGGAUUCUUGGGACUCAGUCCCGCCGGAAAAUGA